GGGGUGCAAAGCCUAAGGGGUGGGGCACCAAACUCAAUUCCCCUUCCUUCCACAGAAUUCUGGAAGAAAAGAAAUCUUCAUAAAUCCUUCUCUCCAAUUUCUUCUGUACCUGAUAAUCAAUCACAGUUCGUCGACGAUCCUUUCCGCUUCUCCAUCUCUACUCUCCUGUCUAUUUCCUCUCAGUAAAAACUGCACAAAGAGUUAGAUAGACAGAAUGCAAGGGCGCAGAGGUGGCAGGGAUCCUUUCUCCGACUUUGGUGACCCUUUUGGUGGUUUUGGAGGCUUUGGUUCCUUUGGACCUCCCAGGAGUUUAAUCUCAAACUUCUUUGGGGGAAGGGAUCCAUUUGAGGACCCUUUCUUCACCCGUCCUUUAGGGGGGAUGUUCGAGUCUAGUCCCUUUGGUGGUCCUGCUGGAUUUCCUUUUCCCCCGAAUAUGCAGCCAUCUGGGUUUCUUACGCAUCAACCUCCAGAGCCUAGUAGGGGAAGGGGCCCGAUCAUUGAGGAAUUGAACUCUGAUGAUGAAAAUGAGGAAGCAAAGGAAGUGAAGAAAGACAAUCCAAGAAAACAUAGUAGAUCAGAAAAUGAACCCUUUGUUGAACAUCCAGAUGGUGGUCUUGAAGGGAAGAAGAGCAGACAUUUGCAGGGUAGACAUGAUUACAACAGGUUCAAUAUGGAGCUGCAGCCGCAGCCUCAGCCUCAGCCUCAAACUCGCAGCUUCUCCUUUCAGAGCUCAACAGUCAGCUAUGGUGGUGCAAAUGGAACAUAUUAUACUUCAUCGAGGACAAGGAGGAGCGGGAGUGAUGGAGUGACCUUUGAAGAGAGCAAGGAGGCUGAUAGCUCGACAAGGCAAGCUUCUCACAGAAUUUCUAGAGGCCUGCACGGAAAGGGACAUUCCCUCGCAAGAAAACUCAACUCAGAUGGUAAGGUGGAUACUAUGCAGACUUUGCACAAUCUAAACGAAGAUGAACUUGUUGGAUUUGAAGAAGAAUGGAAAGGAAAGGGUCAAAAGUACUUGCCUGGAUGGGUUGGUAGUAUUGGAGCUGAUCAUAGUGGACAAGCUCAGCAGGCCCGGCAGGGAGGUUGGAUGCUCCCUUCUCCGGAGCACUCUCAUCCUGGUGGGUCGACUGAAGCUAGGGGAAAAGUCGGUUCUUCCCGCUCACAGGAGAGGAUAAGGACAGAUUCAAGAGAUAAGGGUUUGUAUCAUCCAAGAGAGCAGAGGCGAAAUUAAGGCACCAUUGUUGCUGUCUCGCCCUUUCAUGUUGUUGCCUCUUAAGUGUGUUUCUUCCUUGCUUUCCUAUUAUGUGUAUGGUGAUUUUGGCCUUAGGUGUUAUGCCUUUGGUAGGCUGGAUUUGAACACUGAGAUCAUAAUAGUGAUGCUAGUAUCUAAGACAUGUACAUUCUCAUACUAUGACCUCCUUGUAUAACAAACUUAGUAGUUUACAUUUACUGCCAUUUAUACUGCGUGAGGGAUUUAGUUGUC